GUGGCUGUGACGCUUUGACAGGCGGCAACAAGGGGCCCCCCGAGGAGGGGCGGUGUUAAAGUGAUGUGAAUCUCUCUCUACCCAACACGUAUCAACUCCCUCAAAUGGCUCGACUCUCUCUUUUCUCCUCGAUCUUCCUUCCCGGUCCUCAUUCGUGUCCCUUGCAACUUCACCACCGACUUAGUUGUCCCUCUUUCAGAGUUCAAGCUUCUUCUUCUUCUUCAUUAGGUGCGUUUUCCACUCAGAAGCCGAAGGUCGUCGUUACGAGAGAAUGUGGCAAGAAUGAGAAGCUCAUUACUGCUCUGGCCAAACAUGGUGUUAACUGCUUGGAACUUCCUCUCAUCCAGCACACAGAAGGGCCUGAUUUUGAUAGACUUUCUACAGUCUUAAGUGACACGACAUUUGACUGGAUUGUCAUAACUUCUCCAGAAGCAGGCAUAGUGUUCCUUGAAGCUUGGAAGGCUGCUGGGACCCCAAAAGUUCGGGUGGGUGUAGUUGGUGCUGGUACAGCGAGCAUCUUCAAGGAAGUAAUGCAUUCUGACAAUCGAUCUCUGACUGUUGCCUUUUCACCAUCAAAAGCAACAGGAAAGGUUUUGGCUUCGGAGCUUCCCAAGCAAGGGGAUGGAACAUGCACUGUCCUGUAUCCUGCUUCAAUGAAGGCUGGUCGUGAGCUUGAGGAAGGUCUAUCGAAUCGUGGUUUUGUGGUCACAAGGCUUAAUACAUACUCCACGGUGCCUGUGCAUGAUGUAGACCAAACAACAUUAGUGCAAGCACUUUCUGCUCCAGUUGUUGCUGUAGCUUCCCCUUCAGCAGUUAGGGCUUGGGUGAAUCUUAUUUCUGCACCAGGGAAGUGGAAUAAUUCUGUUGCCUGCAUUGGUGAGACUACUGCUGUAGCUGCCAAAAGUUUAGGCUUGAAGAAUGUAUACUACCCUACAAAUCCUGGUCUUGAAGGGUGGGUUGACAGCAUCCUAGAAGCCUUGAGAGUCCAUGAUCAACCCCAGAAGGCCGUCACUUGUUGACAAUGAACAAACAAGUGCAGGACUAAAGGAAGGCACUUUCAGAUUUGCCAAUGCUUGGGAGGAUUAAUCAUUCUAUGCAACCAGAACAAUGCCAGAGUUAGAAGUUUGAGUGGGUGUAACUGCAGCGUCAAUCACUUGACUUUCCUUCAAUAGCGCUCUCUUUUUGUGCUCGAGUGGGAACUAAGCCAGAAAACACUUGUUGUUAUGAUCAGGAAACCGUCAGGUCAGUACCAGGGGUGAAGAGACUGUCCAAAAUUUUGUUGUGAAUUUCCAACCCUGUAAAUAAUUCCGUCUUGAUGUUGACCUAAUGCCUGCAUGCUAGAUUGGAGGUCAUUCUUGUUUUGACUAGCAGGUCUGGCAACCGAAUUCUUGUCGCCAAUAUUUUUUCAGUUGUAGGUCCAAUGUUUGAAAUCAGGUUUAAUUCUUAUUUCCAUUUGAUAUAGAAAGCAGAUAUGAGCAUAAUUUACUA